AUGGGGAGGUUAUUUGUGGUGAAUCUUGAAGGGAAGGUCUAUAGCUGCAAGCACUGCAGAACACAUCUUGCUCUUUGUGAAGAUAUUGUCUCCAAGUCCUUCCACAGCAGGCAUGGGAAAGCAUACCUCUUCAGUAAGGUAGUGAAUGUCUCUUCUGGGGAGAAGGAAGAUAGACAUAUGAUGACGGGGUUGCACACCGUGGCUGACAUCUUCUGUGUUGGAUGUGGAUCAAUUGUGGGGUGGAAAUAUGAAACUGCCCAUGAGAAGAGCCAGAAGUACAAGGAAGGAAAAUCCGUCCUUGAGCGGUUUAAGGUCUCUGGUCCUGACGGAAGCCAUUACUGGGUCAGCCAUGAGGCACAUGUUGGUGGGAGUGAUGCAGAUGAUGUUUGAUUAACUAUGAAUUCCGGUCCAUUCCAAUUGUUCAUUCUUUAGCCCCUUGUUCUCAGUCAGCUCAUCUGAAUCCUUAAAACUGGGCAUUCCUUAUUGAAGCAGCUUGUCCAACCUGCUGUGAAUAACAUGAUUGGAAAAACAUUGAAUUGUUCAUUCUGAUUUAGCUAAUGUCAAAACCUGAUUGAAUAUUGUGUUGCAAAUUGAAGUUUCAGAUGUCAAUAUUCAUAAACUUUACUCAAGGAUUUCUAUCUUUCACGCAGAA